GCCGAACCGUAGCUGAAGUGAGAAGUUCGAAAAUUGUGGUCUAGCGAGCGAACCUAACUAGCCGGGUACAUGCGUUUUCUUAUGCAGUAAACUGUAUUUGUUUACUGCUUGCCAAACUUUAAUUCACGAUGCAAAUCGUGAGAAAUUUGGAUAAGUAAACAACAAGAUACUUCAUUCAAAGUAAACAACCAGAAGCAUGGGAAACAUGGAGAUCAACUCGAAGCUGCUGCCAAUGAAGGCCCACUACUUCCUAUUCAAUGCAGGAACUGCACCGGUGGUUCCCUUCAUGCCAACCCUAGUAAGGCAACUCGGAUUCUCGACCGUUAUAGUGGGAACCAUUUACACUGUGUUACCGAUAGUGGGCAUGCUGGUCAAGCCUCUUUUUGGCGUUAUCGCAGAUCGUCUUCAGCGUCAGAAGUUGCUGUUUUUGAUUUUCCAGAUCUUAUCAGCAGUUCCGUUUUUCCUUAUCAUGUUCAUCCCGGCAAUUCCCCAGGAAUCAACCGUUUCAUUUCACUGCCACGAAACCUCGAAUUUACGAUACUGUCCCCCAAGCGGCAGCUACUUGGACAAAUGUCUCACCGAUCGGAUUGUCGAGGAUCAGAAUAGUAAUGCCACACUGCACUGCCAAAUGGAAUGUCAGACGGAACCGUGGAUGUGGGACACGGUUUGCAAGUACUGGCAGGUGAAAAAAUAUUGCGACGCAACCAAUAUACCCUCAAACAGAGUGCUAAGACUGACCGGUUUGACACCGAUGAAUCAUAUCAAUUUGUUGGAUGACUGCUUAUUCUUUAUACUGAAAGAAGGUGAAAUGGAUGGGGAUCGCGUUCCUCUUUAUUGUCCCGCUAACACCACGGAUUUUAGAACCAAUUGUCAAGUAAAGUGUGACAACACAGAAAUCAACGAAGCGAUUACGCAAUCGAAAAUUCCAGACAGUGAAGUGAAAGGCUUGUAUCAAUUCUGGCUGCUGUUUCUGUUUCUAAUCCUCAGUUGGGCCGGUAUGGCCGUAGUUGUUAGUGUCGGCGAUGCUAUCUGCUUCGAUUUACUAGGUGACCGGCCGCACCUGUACGGCAACCAGCGAUUAUGGGGUUCUGUGGGGUGGGGCAUUUUCUCACUGCUUGCCGGAUUUUUGGUGGAUCAAUUCUCGAACGGAAAAACUACCAAGGACUAUACAGUGGUUUUCUAUAUGACUAUUAUUAUUAUCGGUUUUGAUAUUGUGGUCUCAUCUAAACUUAAGCAUACUCAAACAAGACUGUCUACCAACAUUCUGGCAGAUGUUGGAAAAAUUUUCGUCUCAUUCAAAGUAGUGAUAUUCUUCCUGUGGUGCAUACUAGUAGGUUUCGGAACCGCGAUGAUAUGGAAUUUUUUGUUCUGGCACCUUGAGGAUUUGGCUAGCUUGCAGCAAGGAUGCGAUCAUACGGCUUGGAUCAAAACGCUCGAAGGGAUCGUUAUGUCGAUCCAAUGCUUUGGGGGAGAGCUUCCCUUCUUCUUCCUGUCUGGGUGGAUACUGAGGAAAAUUGGACACGUACACGCUAUGAGUCUUGUGUUGCUAGGUUUCGGUGUACGCUUUCUUUUGUAUUCGUUGCUAGUGAACCCCUGGUGGGUCAUUCCAAUCGAGUUCAUGAAUGGCAUUACCUUUGGACUAUUCUACGCCACGAUGGCGUCCUAUGCCAGUAUUGUAGCGCCACCUGGAACGGAAGCUACUAUGCAGGGACUCGUUGGAGCCGUUUUCGAAGGUGUGGGUGUUUCGUUAGGCAGUUUGUUAGCCGGGAACUUGUUCGAAAAAAUUGGAGGAAGUAGAACCUUCCGGUUGUUUGGCGCAACCGCACUGGUUCUAUUCGUAGUACACGUAGUCAUCCAAUUUACGAUGGAUCGUUUUGGAAGAAGGGGUAAGCAAGGCGGCAAAAAUGUCCCUAACGAUCGAAUAUCAAACCACCAAACGGACACGGGUGAUGGUAAUAACGUUACUGCCGAAAAUAGAUCUUUCGGUAAAACCGGUUCAGUUCUAUCCGAUUCAACCGUGCAGGAAGAGUUAGAAGAUGAGGUAGCUAAGAAAGUGUAUGAACAAAAACAGGAGGGUUUAGAGCGAGAUAUGUUAGAACCUACGAGUAUUGAGGGAAAUAACGAAUUUCAAAAUGUUAGUCUGACGAAAAAUGUUUCAGUACAAUAAUAAUUUCAAUCGUACUAGUUAUCAGUUAUACUCGUUAGUUGAGAUAUGACAAAAAAAGUUUUUAAUUAAAAUAUUUUACUAUUAGGAAUAAUCGUUUAACUAUGUUAUUGUAAGCGCUCCACCGAUGAACCUCCAGAAUGCAUGAAAAUAAAUAUUACCGCAGCUUUACAUUUUAAA